AUCCUGACCCAGGAGGACUGGAACAAGGUUCUGUAUAACGGCAUGGCCUCCACCUCUCCUGUGGCUGCCCUCUACUUCAUCGCUCUCAUGACCUUCGGAAACUACGUCCUGUUUAACCUGCUGGUGGCCAUCCUGGUAGAGGGCUUCCAGACCGAGGAAGUCACGAAGAGGGAGGACUUGCAUGCAGAGUUGAGUCUCAUACAGCUGCCUGUAGACUCAGGGGGGGAUGCCUCUAAAACAGGUUCGGAGGUGGAUUUCUUCACCCAGAGCAUGGAGGAUGUUUCAUCCUCCCCAGUGGUCCCCUUAAACGGCCUCGUGGACCUGAAGGCCGGCCCGGACCCUCCCCUGAUCACCCAUACGGCUGCCACCCCCAUGCCGGUGCCCAAGCUGCCCGUGGCGGGAGACCCCCUGCUGGGCCACGACGACCGCCGUCACUCCAGUGUCUCCAUGGAGCCCUCCUGCUACGACAAGUCUCCGACCAGUGCCCGUAGCUCCUCCCCCUAUGCCCCCUGGAGCUCUGCGAGUGGCUGGACCAGCCGUCGAUCAAGCUGGGCCAGCCUAGGCCGCGCCCCCUCCCUGAAGAAGCAGAAACACCAGUCUGGGGAGCGGAGGUCUCUCCUGUCAGGGGAGGGAGAGUCCUGCUCCGAGGAGGAGGAGGAGGAGGAGGAGGGAGGAGGAGCCGGAGAAGGAGGGGGGAUGAUGCUGGAGGGGGAGGAGGCAUGGCUGGCCAGGACUGACUCCAUGUCCCAGCAUUCCCAGCCCCGACACAGGAGGAUGGAGUCCCUGGAGACCCGAGGGUCCAUAGACCUGCCCCCCGACACACUGCAGGUCCCCUACCUGUACCGCUCUGCCAGCAUGCUGAGCUCCAGGCCCCCGUCUCUGGGCGCUGCUCGGGGCCCAGGACACAGCGACUGUAACGGGAAGGGCCUGCCUGCCCACGGGCCCACCACCCAGCUGUCUGUGGAGGACAACACAGAGGAAGACAUCACCGAGGAGGAGCCUGCUGGGUGUGUGGAGGGGGGUGGGUUGUGUGUCUCCCUGUGUAACCCUGGCUCCUCCUACUUCCAGAGUCGUGUUGCCAGGCUGUUUGGCUGGCUGGAGAAGAAACAGCCAGAGUGGUGUAAACAGAGAGACACCUGGUCCCUCUACCUGUUCCCCCCUGACUCCAGGUUCCGGGUUGUCUGUAACAAGAUCAUCGCCCACAAGAUGUUUGACCACAUAGUCCUGGUCAUCAUCUUCCUGAACUGCAUCACCAUCGCUAUGGAGAGGCCCGCAUCGACUCUGGCAGUGCG